CGAGGUACGUGUAAAUGACCGUAAAUUAUCGGAUAGAUUUGAAGUUUGUUUUAAUCAAUUUGGAUAAUAAUGGUAUAAUUAAAUGUAUUCGAAAUUAAAAAUAUAUCUUUACCAAUUGUUGAUUACUGGAUUUAAAACAGUUUUGUUGAGUGACUAACUAAGCAGAACGCUAUUUUGUAUUCAGUAUACAAUUCUGGAGAUCAUCCGGGUGCGCGCAGCGGGCUGUUGCUCAGUUCAAAAUGGCGGUCUACAUAUGAUGGUAAUACAUUUUAGGUAAUCAAUAUGAAGAUUGACAAAACUAAAAUCAAGAAAACAUUAUCAGAUGUGCCGACUGAUUGCAAGUGUCUGAUUGAUAAGCUUAAGACAUGUGAAAACUUGUCACAAGAACUCCAACAAAUCAAGUCUUGGAAUUAUGGCAAGUGUGAACUUUACCACUGGAUUGAUGUGCUGGAUCGGUUUGAUGUGAUCCUAGAAGAGGGAUGUCGCACAUGGCAGUUAUACUGCGACAUUCCUGAGAAUGCUAGUACUAAGAGAUUGAUUCACAAUGUGCUUUAUUUUACUUCAUUACUCAUUGAACACAGUUUCUCAAGGCAUCUUUACAAUUCCAUUGAGCAUCUAACAACAUUGUUAGCCUCUUCCGAUUUGACAACUGUCUUGGUGGUUCUGAAUCUGAUAUAUGUCUUCAGUAAACGAUCCAAUUUCAUAGUAAAGUUAUCAGGAGAUAAGCGUCAGGAGCUGCUUAACCGGCUGAUGUACUUGGCUGAUAGCUGGGGUGGAAAGGAGAAUGGCUUUGGGCUGGCUGAAUGUUGCCAAUCGGGCUCUAAAUGCCCAUCAUCUGCUACUACUUUACAUUUUGAAUUCUACUCGAAUAAUCCAGAUGGGAAAUCAUCAAAGAAGAGUGGCUCUCAUACUGUCAAUGUUAUACAUCUUGAAAAUAUAGAUAAGCAUCCAAAAAGCUCUUCACUAAUUAUGGAAGAUCUUUGCAAGAAAUACAGUGUACCUAAAGAUAAACAGAUGUUGCUGUUUACUCAUGUGAGGCUAGCCAGUGCUUUUUCUGAUUAUGAAAAACGUCUUUUAUGUGUACAAGCCAGGCUGCAAGCUCUUUCUAUAUUAGUCUAUACCAGUGCAAUACCAGACUCCUCUAGUUCUCUGUUAUAUGUUGGAUUCAUUGAAGAACUGGUAGAUGUGUUACAACUAGAUGAUACUAAUCUUGUGGAAAUUAAUGCAGCUGCCCUAAGGACUCUGACUUCUAUUAUCCACCUAGAUAGAAAUCCAAAACUUCAAAAUAUAGUGAAUGCUACAGGAGCCAGCUCAUAUCAUGGUUUUUUGCCAGUUCUUGUAAGAAGAUGUAUUCAAGCUAUGACAAGUCCAAAUGAAGUAGCCUUCCCUCAUUCAUUUGCUACAGCACUCUUUUCUUUUUUGUAUCAUCUAGCCAGUUAUGAAACAGGUGGUGAAGCAUUAGUGUCAUGUGGUAUGAUGGAGUCCCUACUAAAGGUAAUCAGGUGGUCUGGAGAGGAUGAACAAUUGCACACUACAUUUGUAACAAGAGCUGUAAGAGUUGUAGAUUUGAUCACAAAUCUUGACAUGUCAGCAUUUCAGACACAUGGUGGCCUGGCAUGUUUUAUCAAUAGAUUAGAGCAUGAGGUUGAAUUAUGCAAACGUGAUGUACCUCACAUCAUCUACCCAAGUAUCACAACAUCUCGCACAAGAGAAGGCUCAAUGUCACCUAUCCAUCAAUCAGAUGAUGUUGCCAUGGAUACAAAUGUUGCAAGUCCAAGUUCAGUUGGAGUUGAAGCUAUGGAAACAAAUCAGGGACCAUCUAGCAGUAGAGAAGAGAGCGGUAGUAAUAGCAACAGUAAAGAACAGUUAAAGCCAAAAUCUAGGUUGCUGUGUUUUCCACAGCGUGCAGCUCUUUUUAAAUCUAUGCUAAAUUUUUUGAAGAAGGCCAUUCCAGAUGCAGCAUUCUCUGACAGUAUUCGGCAUGUUAUGGAUGGAACAUUGCCAUCCUCCUUGAAACAUAUCAUUAGCAAUGCUGAGUAUUAUGGACCAUCUCUGUUUUUACUUGCCUGUGAACUAGUGACUGUAUAUGUAUUUCAAGAACCAUCCUUGUUGUCAUCGUUACAAGACACUGGUCUCACAGACGUCAUGUUGAAUGCAUUACUUAUCAAAGAU